AUGGGUCAAUUCGGUGGUACUUGGGGUGAUCCUCAUUUCUUAACACUCGACGGAACGGCAUAUACAUUUAAUGGCUAUGGAGAAUAUACGUAUCUGGCAAUUCCUUCGCAGCAAUCAGUUUCAUUUAACACCAACAUUUCUUUUCAAUUCGAAUCGCAAAUUCGUACUACACCUUUAGGAUCUGGUGUAAACAGUGCGACAGCCAUCAAAGCAUUUGCUGCUAAAAUUGGCUCACUGAAAAUUAGUAUCACAGUAUCUCGAAGAAAUCAACUUCUCGUGCAUCUGAAUGAUGAAGAACUAAGAUUUGAAUCUGAUUUAGAUACACCUACACAGUUAGAUAUAAUCACUUUCCAAUUCGAAGAUUUUUCUAUCUCAAAAAAUCGUACUAACAAUCAAAUUACAUUAUCUACCCCAAUAGGAAUCAGUAUUCAAAUAUCACCUAUUUUUGUAACUACAUCAUCGACAUUAGUGUUAAAUAUAGCCGCAGCAAUAAGUGGAGAAUUGAAGGGAAAUUGGACAUUAGGUUUAAUUGGUUCUUAUGAUGGCAAUCCUUUAAACGACUUACGCGACAGCUCUGGCAUACUCGUUGGUACUGUUGACGCACUCUCGCCACAAGAAAUACAUGAACUAUAUGGUAUGACCUGGGCUAUCAAUCCUGUUCGAUCUCUUUUCUACUAUGAAUCAGGCGACAACGCCACAUUCUAUUCAUCUCAAAACCAAAAUUAUCGACCAGUUUUCCAUGUUGAUAUUACUGGCCCUCUUGAAUUAAGCGCUCGUGAAGCUUGCGGAAUUCCUCUCAAUGCCACUGACUCAUUACUGUGGUCUCCCAUUCAACGUACCUGUUACUAUGAUAUUUCUGUUACUGGUGAUGUGGAUUUUGGCCGUGUUUCACGUGAAGCAGCAGAACAACAAGUUGAGCAACGUGAAGCAAUGCGCAAUCCUCCUAAAUUCAAUUCUGCUCUUUCUCUCACUCGAUCUGUGCGAGUUGGUGAGCAAGUAGACAUCUCUUUUCAAGCCACAAGUGAAUUUAGCUCAAACAUUAUCUACAAACUUCUUCACGGUCCAAACGGAGCAACUCUGAGUGAAGCGACAGGUCACUUUGAAUGGAAAGUACCUGAGAAAAUGGAAACCACUAGUAAAAUUCCUGUCCAAGUUAGUGCACAAGAUACAGCUUACAAUUUAAUGUCGACAUAUGAAGUUCUAUUCGAAGUACAACAGAAGAGUAAUGCUCCUAUACUCACAAGCACAGUAUUUUUACUCACCUUAGCGUUUGUUUCACGCAUGAUGCUUCAAUAG